AUGUCUUCUUCCCUCUUAGAAAACGCGCCUCAUGAUCUCCUCUACCCUAAACUCGCUUUCCAUCGUUCACUAGUCUUCACGAAAUCGACAAGGGGUCUCCGCCCCCUCAUCCACCUCCAACCUUCACCGCCUCUUCUGGUCCUUCUUCCCCUCCACCAGGUGGAUUUGAUUUUGUUUUCAGGCGAUUUCUGUGGUUUUUCAUUUUUCCCAGGUAUCAUCUAUAGGGACUUGAAACCAGAGAAUAUAUUACUUCAAACAGAUGGACAUGUUGUAUUGAGUGACUUUGAUUUAUCAUUCAGAACACAAUGUAAACCCCAAGUUAUAAAACAUCCUCAGCUUAAAAGGAGAAGAUCUAGAAGCCAACCACCACCGACAUUUGUUGCAGAACCUUCUACACAAUCUAAUUCAUUUGUUGGCAUAGAAGAAUACAUUGCUCCGGAAAUCAUAACAGGAGCUGGCCACUCCAGUGCUAUUGACUGGUGGGCAGUGGUUUGUUUGAAUUACCUUCUUUUACUCAUAAACAGAAGAGCGGGAAAGAAAGAUGAAGAGGGUGGACAUGAUGCUCUUGACCAAGCUACAAAGGAAGGAGGAGAUAGAGAUACAUUAACUGUUGUGGCGCCUAUUGUUAAAAAAGAAAAGAGCAAUAAAGCUUAUGAUGUGGACAUGAUACCUGAAAAAAGAAGAUGCCCCUUAAUAGCAAUGUAG